AUGAGUGCGCUCAUUGAGGCUUGCGAGAAGGGAGAUCUGGACCGUGUGAAGCGGUUGCUGUUGGAGGGUGAUCCAGCAAAAGGGGGCGCAAAGCCGGAUAUCAACAAGGAGCGGGAUGCGUCGGACAAAAUGGGGGACUUGCCGCUCCAUCGUGCAAGCCGACACGGGCACGUCGAUGUUGUGAAGUUCCUGGUGCAGCAGGGCGCCAACAUCCAUCGACAACACGGCAUGCAUGCAACGCCCCUGUACAUUGCGAGCCAGGAAGGCCAUGAGGCAGUUGCGCGGUUUCUGGUUGAUAAAGGGGCGAACAUCAACCAGGCAGCGAACAAUGGAUGGACACCGCUGUACGUUGCGAGCGAGGAAAGCCACGACGCCCUGGCGCGCUUUCUUGUUCAGGCGGGAGCAGAGAUUAAUCAAGCAACGAACAAUAGGCAGACACCGCUGUACGCCGCGAGUCAGAAUGGUCACGAGGAGCUCGUGCAGUUUUUUCUUGAGCAAGGAGCAGAUAUGAAUCUCGCCACAAAUAAUGGAUGGACACCGCUGUACGUUGCCAGCUCCAACGGCCACGAGGUGGUUGCACGAUCCCUUGUUGAAAGGGGAGCCGACGUCAACCAGCCAACAUACAAUAGGCGAACCCCAUUGCACGCUGCAAGUGCGGGCAACCGCCCCGAUGUCGUCCGUUUGCUUCUCCACUCAGGCGCCGAUGCAACCAUGACGGACGUGGCCAGCGGCAAAACCGCAUUGGAUUUGGCUCAUGAAGCAGGACACAACACUAUCAUUGCCAUCCUUUCUGACCAUCAGCCCACCACAGCGCUGGCGGCGAUGCCGCAUGCCGAAGCGACUGCCUCCAACCUAGCAGCACCAUACCACCAACCUGCAGACGCUCAACCUCAACACGAGCGCAACCGUGAGGUGAUGGCGGCGAUGCACCAGAUUGCACAGCACUCAGACACGCAGAUGGCAGGGCGUGCCAAGCUGAUGCUGGUUGGUGAAGGGCGUGCUGGCAAGACCACCACCUUGCACUCCCUAAUGGGCGAUGAGUUCAACAAGGACGAGCCCUCCACCUUUGGCGCCAACAGCAUGGAUCUGUCUGUCAUCAUCGAAUCCAUGGACGUCUGCAACUGGCAGCACGUUGCGGGUGACAUAAGCGAGUACAUGCGCACGCUGCUGGGCACGGCACUGGCAAGGGCAACUCAGAUGGGCGCAGCGAUGAAGGAGGCGGUGACAGCGGCGAUGAAGGAGCAUCAACGCCGAGUUGAGCAGCAACAACAACAGCUGGCGGAGGACGAUGACGCUGAAGACAGCAAGAAGCCACAGCAUGGCCCUCCCCCAUCCAUGUCAACGAAGACACAGCCAGCAUGCACCUCCACCGAAGGCGACGAACACCACUCUUCGUCGUCACCCAAACUGUCAAAGCAGGUUCAGCAACAGCAACAGCAGCAGCACAGCGUAGUACAUUCAAGAAGGGCCAGCACUUCUCAACUUCGUGUCUCCGCUGAGGACAUUGAGAAGGCGAUCAAGGACCUCAACCUGGACACGACCAUGGGCGAGGGCAAAUUGCGUGUGACAUUCAAGGUGGUUGAUCUGGGCGGCCAGUCCACCUUCUACAUUUUCCACCCUUUCUUCCUCACAGAGUACGCGGUGUAUCUGCUGGUAUUCUCGAUGGAGGACGUGCUGUAUCAAGAUGAGAGCAAGCGGACAGAGACGUGGGAGUUUAUUGAAUAUUGGCUCUCCUCCCUCCACCUCCACGCCAAGGGUGCACCCGUCCUCAUCAUCGGCACCUUUGCUGACAAGAUCACCGAGCGGAAGCAGCACGAGACCAUAUCACACGACGUGUUCCAGCUUAUCAGCAGACACCCUUCAUUUGCUUCUGUUGUGUACAACAGCAACCACAAGCUGUGGUUCUGGCCCGUCGACAACACCAAGUCCAUCCACGACCCCAUGAUCCAGGACCUGCGCCAGACCAUCUCCUCCACAGCACUGGCACAGGAGUACGUGAGCCAGGAAGUGGCUGUGCCAUACCUCCACCUCUUCGACAAGCUCAACACCAUUGCCCGCGACGAAAAGCGACCGCUGCUCACGUUUGACGAGGUGGUGGAUAUUGCGCGCACGUGUGGGCUACGCACACGUGACAAAACAAGGGCGUGCCUCCAGUUCCUGCACCUGUACUCAAUGGUGUUGUACUACGACCACGUGCCAGGCAUGGAGGAUUAUGUGAUCCUGAGUCCGCAGUGGGCGGUGGACACGAUGACGCGCGUCAUGCGCAACUUUGACCUGCACGCGGACCUGAGAGACCAAGAGGCGAGGGGUGUGCAUGUACAGCUUUGGAAAGAUCUGAUUCAUGGGGGGAUUUUGCACCGUCGUCUACUUGAUGUGUUGUGGAGAGACGUGGACAGCAACUUAGUGAUGCCGUUCCUUCGCCUCAUGAUGCAGUACGGGCUGUGCGUCCACUACUCUCCACCCAAGCUGAUUGACAGUCACAUAGCGUUUGCACGUGCGAACUCUGCCAAUGACAAUGAGGAUAUGGGCGACAGCGAUGACACACACCACCACCAGCAGCAGUACCUGGUUCCAGCCAUCCUGCCGAUGACGAUCCGGCACCGCAGCAGCACGAUCGCAUCCGUGUCGCUGAGUACGACAGCAGCGCAGCAGGUCAACCCAUAUGUUGGGCACGAGGAGAAGACAACCUACAUGGCUUUCAGCUUGAAUGAGUUCAAGAAGGGAGCAAGCGUACGAGUUGAGGAUGCACAGCACGCGUCGUUCCUGCCAGAGGGCCUGUUCCCGAUGGUUCUGGCAUGCGUGUUGGCACACAUGCAAUACGGUGCAACCGAAUUACCCAUGUUGAGCCGCACGCACGCCGUGAUCUUCUCGGACGUGGCGGAGAUAGAGCUGCAACUUGUGCCCGCUGUUGGUGGCAUCAAGAUCAAGAUCAUGACUGCACGUCCUCGCACGCUACUGCACAUGCUGUACGACACCAUCACAACAGCUGUCACGCAGCGCUACCCCGAGCUCAAGGCCACGUUGUUGCUGCCAUUCAAUGACACCAGACUGCUGUUCUUCGAGGACGUGCACACCCACCACAUGAACAAGAAAGCGCUUCGCGUUGGCCGCUCACAGCUGCUGUCACCAGGGGAUCUGGUCGCCAAGUAUGGCCCCCUCCUGCCCGUUCUCGGUCUUCAGAACGAGUACGACGUCUUCAUCAGCUACAGGCAACGCGGCAACCGAGGUUUGGUGAUGACAUUGCACCCAAAGUUGGAGCGCCAUGGCUUGGUGACCUUUGUGGACACCAACAAUUUGGAGACCGGCGUCAACUUCAAGCGUGCAUGCAUGACAGCCCUGCAAAACAGCACUGUCACCUGCCCCGUCGUCUCUGUUGCUGCAAUCCACAAGAUGCGCUCACUUGAUCAUCUUGACAAAUGCGACAACGUGCUGUUGGAGUGGAUGGCAGUGCUUGAGCUGCAGCAGCUGGCUCACGAGCACCCACACAAGAUCCGUCUUUGCCGCAUCAUUCCACUCUUCCUCGGCAGUGGCUGGCACGACAGCAACAGCCACUCCUUGAGUGUGGCGUCGGCGAGCGAGUACGAUUCGUUUGACCGCAUGAAGCGGCUGGCAAUGACACUGCCAGAUGUGGUGAACAGAAAGAUCAUAGCAGCGCUGGACCAGUACUUUGCACGGGUGCUGCACCUGCCGCCACCACAGCAGCACAAGACUGUGCGCGAAGUGGUGCUGUCGCUGUUUGACAUGGAUGGGAUCACAUCCUUCCAGUACGAGGUUGACCGAGCAAUGGAUGCGUCAAGAAUCGCAGAGCGUGUGCGUAAAGCUGUUGCCGCAUGCAACAGCAGCAGCAACAGCAGCAGCAACAGCAGCAGCAACAGCAACAGCAACAGCAACAGCAGCAACAGCAACCAUAACAGCAGCAGCAAUCAUCACAGCAACCAUAACAGCAACAGCAACAGCAACCAUGGCUGUCAACAACGCCAGCCGCAAACCGCACCACCCAUGUCGUCAUCGUCACCGUCCGUUCUGCCUUCCAGCACGGCCACAACGACCGCUGUUUCUUCGUUUGAGCCAAAGCUGCAAGCGUGGCUCGACCACCACUCGCUGUUACCGCAGGUUGCACCAGCCCUUGCUGAGCACGACAUUGACACGCUCGAUGACUUGGUUGAGUUGGUUGUUGGCGAGAUGCUGACAGUACAAGUGCUGACGGAUGCUGGCGUGACGAUGGGCAAGGCCAACAAGCUGAUCCGCUUGGCCAAGAAGCACCACCAAGAGCAGCAGCACAGCAUCGAAAGCAGCAGUAGCGCAUGACGUGCCUAGGUGCAGAGGUGCCUCUACUCUGGAGCUGGCCGGACUUCCGUUUGCUGUGUGGAUGUCAUUCUAGUCGUGCUCUGCUGUCGUUCUAUCGUCUGAUUCUUGUCGUUUCGAAUCCCCCCCCCCCUGCCCCAUUUUGGUUGUUUGCCUCGUAUUUGUAUUCUAUUCACGCCUUAUGUAGUCAAAGCGCGCCGUUGUGCAUGUCAUGGUUCUUGUACCGUCCGCCUGUUUGUUUGCUCCAGUGAGUGUGCAAUCACAGUGUGACGACAGUGCUCAAGUGCUUGCUGCGUUCGUCUUGUUCGCCAGCAGCAUCCAGCCAUGGUUGUAAUUGUCACUUUCUCUCUCUCCGCCACAACAAGAAAUGCC